GCUCAGCAGCGCUGUGAGGGCUGUGACAGCCUCUUUGGCGAGUACUACUGUGAUAUCUGCCAUCUCUUCGACCGCGACAAGAAGCAGUACCACUGCCAGGAGUGUGGCAUCUGCAGGAUUGGCCCCAAGGAGGAUUUCUUCCACUGUUCCAAAUGCAAUUUGUGCCUGAGCUUGAGUCUCCAAGGAAAGCACAAGUGUAUUGAAAAUGUCUCCAGGCAGGACUGUCCCAUAUGUUUGGAGGAUAUUCACACAUCUCGUGUUGGAGCUCAUGUUCUGCCUUGUGGUCACCUCCUUCACAGAACAUGCUAUGACGAAAUGCUGAAGGAAGGUUACAGGUGUCCUCUGUGCAUGCAUUCGGCGCUAGAUAUGACCAGGUACUGGCGGCAGCUGGAUGACGAAGUGGCACAGACCCCCAUGCCCACAGAGUACCAGAACAUGAUGGUGGAGAUCCUUUGCAAUGACUGCAAUGCCCGUUCCACAGUGCAGUUCCAUCUCCUGGGCAUGAAGUGCAAGAACUGUGAGUCCUACAACACUGCUCAGGACGGACGGUGCCGCCUGCCCUUGGAGGAGCAGUGA